AUGCGCUCCUUCUAUUUCCUCGCGGCACUCCCGCUGCUUGUCUCCGCCUGGACAGAAAACACCCUCCUCACACGUGCUAGCUCGGGGAACGAAACGUCAUGCGACUCUGGCGACAAAGCCUGUGGCAGCUUCUGCAUUCCCGACAACUAUACCUGCUGCCCGGAUCUGGAAGGAGGCUGCCCGGCGACGUCGGUCUGCACGAAAGGCGAUAAUGGCGUCUAUGGCUGCUGCGGCAAGGGCGAGUACUGCAAAGGCGACGGUGGUUCCGAGUUCAUCGACGGUGACAGCAGCUCCUCCACAAGCACUGCCAACGCUGCCGCUGCAACAAAGACGGGUGAUUCGUCCAGCGGGGCCGACUCUAUUGUUCUUGGUCAAGGACUUACACUGGCGGCCGUUGCGGCCGGCCUGGUCGCCCUCCUAUGA